AUUUAGUUCUACAUCCAUUUCUAGUCCUCACACCUAAUCCCUCAAUGUUUUGCUUUCUAAGUGGGAAUCACUUAUUAGGAGAUGCAGCAUCUAACUGGGAAAUUUCCAUCACUGCCAGCCAUGCCAGGUUUCUGUUUUCUUGGAAGAUAGAAAAUAUGCCCCUCUUCUUCCAAACUGUGCAAGUCAAACAUCCUCUAAUUGUAAGUGAUUGCUUCUGCCUCUGAUAUCCUGCUGCUUCAGUAGACAAUGACUCAACCACAGCCUGUAGUGGGGCUGAAGCUGCUUCUUCUUGGUGCUUGUCUCUCACUGAAGAUUGUGUGGAGGAGGGGAAGGAAGGUAGUUUAAACAGUUUAUCUCUACUGGAUCCUGGUCAGUAAGGGAGAGGCAGAGGUGAAGAGCAAUGACCUGAACAUAGCAAAUGCUGUUACCCUCUUGCAUCACAAAUAUUUCAUUUCUAAGGGGAAGUUAGAAGCAGCAACAGCAAUAAAAGCAGUGGUUUCUGCCUUGUCUUCCAGACCAGCAUCAACAGGCAUCUGUACCAUGACACUCCACUGCAUGUGCCUUUUUCUCUUCCUUCUGCUUGGUUCAUGGUGGCCAGACUCAGAGAAGCAUGUGGUGGGAGCAGUGAAGGUCAGGGAGCACUAUAUAGCUGCUCAGAUCACUAGCUGGAGCUACAAACCGGAACCUGAGGAAAAGUCCAGAUUAGAACAUUCAGAUCCAGUGUUUAAGAAAAUUUCUUACAGAGAAUAUGAAGUGGAUUUUAAAAAAGAAAAGCCAGCAAAGAAAUUUGCAGGACUUCUGGGACCAACUCUGCAUGCUGAAGUGGGAGAUACUUUAGUAGUUCAUCUUAAGAAUAUGGCUGACAAGCCGGUCAGUAUUCAUCCCCAAGGCAUAGUGUACAGCAAAAAUGCAGAAGGCUCCCUGUAUGAUGACCGAACAUCAUCUGUAGAAAAACGAGAUGAUGCUGUGCUUCCAGGCCAGGUCUACACAUAUGUGUGGGAUAUAACAGAAGAAGUUGGUCCAAGAGAAUCUGACCUUCCUUGUCUUACUUAUGCAUAUUAUUCUCAUGAGAACAUGGCAAUGGAUUUUAACUCUGGUCUGAUUGGGGCACUGCUUAUCUGUAAGAAAGGAAGCCUAAAUGAGGAUGGGUCACAGAAACUUUUCGAUAAGGAGUAUGUACUCAUGUUUGGUGUGUUUGAUGAAAACAAGAGUUGGCAAAAAUCAGCAUCACUCAAGUACACAAUUAAUGGCUAUACUGAUGGAACAUUACCAGAUUUGGAAGCUUGUGCAUAUGACAACGUUAGCUUGCAUUUGAUAGGAAUGAGUUCCAAGCCAGAAAUUUUCUCCGUUCAUAUCAAUGGCCAGUCCAUGGAGCAAAGACAACGACGAGUUUCUAAUGUUAACCUACUGGGAGGAGCAUCAACCACAGUAAACAUGACAGUGACUGAGGAAGGAAGGUGGCUCAUAUCUUCUCUUGUCCAGAAGCACCUGCAAGCUGGAAUGCAUGGUUACCUCACUGUAAGAGAUUGUGGGGACAAAGAGGUGAAGAAGAGUCGUCUCUCCUAUAAAGAACGUCUUAUGGUCAACAGCUGGGAAUAUUUCAUUGCUGCAGAAGAAGUUACUUGGGAUUAUGCCCCAAAUAUUCCAGACAGCCUUGACAGACACUAUAAAGCACAGCACUUGGACAACUUCUCAAAUCUCAUAGGUAAAAAGUACAAAAAGGCUAUUUUUAGGCAAUAUACUGAUGCCAGCUUCACUAAACGUCUGGAAAAUCCUCGCCCCAAGGAAACUGGAAUCUUGGGCCCUAUUAUCAGAGCUCAGCUCCAUGACAACGUCAAAGUUGUGUUCAAAAAUAAGGCCAGUCGACCCUACAGCAUUUACUUCCAUGGUGUGACACUUUCAAAGAAUGCAGAGGGAGCUAAUUAUCCUCUGGAUCCUACAAGCAAUGACACCCAGAGAAGAGGAGUUGAACCAGGGAAUACAUACAUUUACGAAUGGAAAAUUGCUAAAACAGACCAACCCACUGCACAGGAUGCACAAUGUAUUACAAGGCUGUAUCAUAGUGCUGUAGAUAUUGAGAGAGAUAUAGCCUCUGGACUGAUUGGCCCACUUCUGAUUUGUAAAAGUGAAGCACUGAAUCAGAAGGGUGUGCAGAAAAAGGCAGAUGGGGAGCAGCAGGCAAUAUUUGCUGUGUUUAAUGAAAAUAAGAGCUGGUACAUAGAGGAUAACAUCAAGGACUACUGCAGCAACCCCGCCAGCGUUAAAAGGGAUGAUCCCAAGUUCUAUAACUCAAACAUAAUGCACACAAUAAAUGGCUAUGUGUCUGACAGCAGUGAAAUCCUUGGAUUUUGCCAAGAUAGUGUGGUUCAGUGGCACUUCUCCAGUGUUGGCACUCAUGAUGAGCUUGUCUCUGUUCGCCUUUCUGGGCACUCUUUUUUGUAUCAAGGGAAAUAUGAAGAUGUGUUGAACCUUUUCCCAAUGAGUGGAGAAUCAGUCACAGUGGAAAUGGACAAUGUUGGUACUUGGCUUUUAGCAUCCUGGGGUAGCCCAGAGAUGAGUAAAGGCAUGAGGCUGAGAUUCAGAGAUGCCAGAUGUGACAAUGAGGAAGAUGACAUGUUUGAUGUUAUGGAUUUCACUUACACCAAGACUGAUAAAAAGGCUGUUUCCACCUCAGUUGAGGAUGAUGUGCAAGAAGAAGAAACUGAUAAGGAAGAUUUGGAUUAUCAGGAUUACCUGGCUUCCUUUUACUCCAUCCGAAGCUUAAGGAAAGCAACAGCCAAUGAAGAAACCCAAAACCUUACAGCACUGGCCUGGGAGCAGUAUGAAGGCACUGAUGCCAUGAGUUCUGAGGUGGCAGCUGGCUCAGGUCUGACAGCUCUAUAUAGUAGUGAAUCCACAAGCACCUCUGAGUUCUCAGAAACUCUUAUCACUCCUCUUCCCCUAAUCGAGGCUGAAACAUUCCAGUCAAAUCACACAUCAGUCAAAGCAGAAGAGGAUUUAUUUUUGGCUGGCACAAGUGAUGGGAAGGCUGACUUGGUAUUUGAGAAUAGAAGCCAAAGCAAUUAUGAAAUAGAUCACAGUAAUAACAUGGCUGCAGAUGAGCUCUCACUGAGCAAUGGGGAAGGCCAAAUGAAUGUUGCAGAAGAGUUUCCAAGUGAUGGGAAUCACAGCAAAUUUUUUUCAGAAAAGAAUCAAGAAGACCGCACAGGAACAGAAAAUUAUAACAUUAACAGUAAAAGGAAAAGGCGAAACUUGCUGGCCAUCAAGUUUUACUCUGUCCAGAAGAUGACUGCCCUUCUGAAUCAUGUACGAAAUAAAAAUGUCUCAUUUUUUGACAAGACAAGUACACCUCAUUCUGCGCAUAAUGCAGAGAACACAUCUGAGAUAGUGGGAGCUGGCCAACUUCCAAGUGAUUAUGAUGAUGAACUGGAAGAAGAAACCAAGGUGGAAAAUGCCAUGCAAGAUGUUAACUUGACACUUGCUUUGGACCUCAUUGUAGAUGGGUCUAAUGCAUCCAACCUCUCUGAACCCAAGCUAUCCAAAGAUAAACAAGCAGACACUUCUUUAGGCAAUAUAAGGCCUAAUUCCAGCCCUGCUUUAGUGAAGAACUUACUAGAAGCAUCAUUGCCCAGGUCUGGGAAAUAUUCAUCUAAAACAACAAAUGAGGAAUGGAAUUUGGUGUCUGCAAAGGGGAGUCUGGGAUUUGAGGCAAAUUUAGAUAAAUCUGUGGGUGGUAAGUUAAAUCGUCAUGGCAGGAAUGUUACAGCAUUCAUAAGUAAGAAGCAUAUGAAGAAGUUUCAGGGGUUCUUGCAUCUAACAGGAGAAAACCAGAAAGGGAGCCACAUGCACCCAGCUCUGAAAGGAAGGGAGGAGAACAAGAAUGAUACUUUGAGUACCUCUGGAACCUUUAUCAAGAUCCGAAGGAAAAAAAAGGAAUAUCCAAAAGUGAACCACUUGAUGAGCCCAAGGAGUAAAAAGCCCCCCCAGACCAUCAAUUCUAUGGCAGAGUAUGGCCGUACAUUGUUUCUGGGCGAGACCAACCACACGACACUGCCAUGUUGCACUAACACUACAGAGGCACCCAGUGAGGCCAACCAUACACAUCUGAGCAAAGCCAAGCACGAAGAGUCACAAAAUUACACACUCACCCCACGGCAGUUUAAGCCAUCGAUCACGAUUGGGCUUCCCCAAGAAAAUGGAGAAUACGAAUAUGUUAUGGAAGGAUAUUACAGCGAGGAAACAUCAGGUAGUGAAUAUGAGUAUCAUUAUGUGACCUUUGAUGACCCAUACAUGACAGACCCAAAAGUGAAUAUCAAUGAACAACGUAACCCAGACAACAUUGCUGAACAUUACCUGCGUAGCAAAGGGAACGAGAGGAGAUACUAUAUUGCAGCUGAAGAGGUCUGCUGGAACUAUGCAGGAUACAAGAAGAGAUUUCCUUUCAGUACAAUGAUGAAUGACAAACCCUGUAAAGAUGGCACCACAUAUAAGGUGAUUUUCCAAAGCUAUACAGACAGUACCUUUACGACACUUCAGGAUGAAGACGAGUAUAAUGAACACCUUGGCAUCCUGGGGCCAGUUAUCCGGACUGAAGUGGACGAUGUUAUCCUAGUUCAUUUUAAGAAUCUGGCAUCCAGACCAUAUUCUCUCCAUGCUCAUGGACUCUUCUAUGAAAAGUCAUCUGAGGGAAGCAUUUAUGACGAUGAAUCUCCUGCCUGGUUUAAGGAGGAUGACCAAGUCCAGCCAAAUAACAGCUAUAUAUACGUAUGGUAUGCAAACAGGCGAUCGGGACCUGUGCAGUCAGGAGCAGCUUGUCGGUCCUGGAUCUACUACUCUGAUUUAAAUAUGGAGAAAGAUAUUCACUCUGGUUUGAUUGGGCCAAUACUGGUUUGUCAAAAAGGAACCUUCAGUAUGUCAAACAACAGCAAAACAUCGACCCGAGACUUUUUCUUGCUUUUUAUGGUCUUUGAUGAAGAGAAAAGCUGGUACUUUGACAAACAUUCUAGAAGUCCGUGUACUGAGAAGACCCAGGAAGGGCAGCAGUGCCACAAAUUCUAUGCCAUUAAUGGGAUUACCUACAAUUUGCAAGGUUUGAGGAUGUAUGAAGGUGAACUGGUCCGAUGGCAUUUGCUGAAUAUGGGUGGGCCAAAAGACAUUCAUGUUGUUAAUUUUCAUGGACAGACCUUCAUAGAACAAGGAAAGCCACAGCAUCAGCUUGGUACAUACAUGCUCCUUCCAGGCUCAUUUAGAACAAUCGAAAUGAAACCGCAGAGACCUGGCUGGUGGCUUUUAGACACUGAAGUGGGGGAAUAUCAGCAAGCAGGAAUGCAGGCAUCCUAUUUGGUUAUAGAAAAAGAGUGCAAGAUUCCAAUGGGUCUAGCAAGUGGUGUCAUACUCGAUUCACAAAUUGAUGCUUCACAUCAUAUAGACUAUUGGGCACCAAAGUUAGCCCGAUUAAACAAUUCUGGAACAUACAAUGCUUGGAGCACUGUAGUGAAAAAAGAAGAACUUGCUUGGAUCCAGGUGGACUUUCAAAGACAAGUUCUGUUAACUGGGAUACAGACACAAGGAGCCAAGCAGUUUUUAAAGUCCUUGUAUGUCCAGAAGUUCUUCAUUGUUUACAGCAAAGACAAACGGAAGUGGAGCACUUUCAAAGGAGACAGCUCACCAGCACAAAAGAUUUUUGAAGGUAAUUCUGAUGCCUAUGGCGUGAAAGAGAACAUCUUUGAUCCCCCUAUUAUUGCUAGGUACAUCAGAGUUUACCCAACUGAGGCCUACAACAGGCCUACUCUCCGCAUGGAGCUUCUGGGCUGUGAAGUAGAUGGUUGCUCUUUGCCACUUGGAAUGGAAAACAGAGAGAUCAAGAAUACCCAGAUAACAGCCUCGUCUGUUAAGACAUCCUGGUUUAACACAUGGGGGCCUUCACUUGCUCGGCUCAAUCAGGAAGGAAUGAUGAAUGCCUGGCGAGCAAAGUUGAACAACAACCAACAGUGGCUGCAAAUUGAUCUCCUCACAGUUAAGAAGAUAACUGCAAUCGCUACCCAGGGGGUCAAGUACAUGGCUGCUGAAAACUUUGUGAAAACCUAUAUUAUCCUAUACAGCGACCAAGGCUCAGAGUGGAAAUCCUAUACGGAUGGUUCAAGCUCAGUGGCAAAGGUUUUCUUGGGUAAUGAAAACAGCAACGGGCAUGUCAAGCAUUUCUUUAACCCACCCAUCCUAUCCAGGUUUAUCCGCAUUGUUCCAAGAACGUGGUAUAGUGGUAUUGCCCUUCGUGUAGAACUCUAUGGCUGCGAUUUUGGUGGGGGUCUGACUGUGAAAAGGACUGACGGUUCUGGGAGCUCUUAACCCUUCAGGAAUCAUCAUGCAGAAUGAGGCUUUUUAAAACCCUUAAAGCAAUCAUACUGGAUGUGUGCUUCUUCAAAGGACAUUAAUGUUUUGCCAGCAAGAAUUAUGAGAGAUUUCUCUGGCAGAAUUUUUGUUCCUACAAAUACACACUUUGGAAAACCAUUUCUUUUCUCUGGGAAGAAACAACAGUCCCUUCUCAUUUGUAUUAUCAUUUCUUCAUUAUAACGCGCUCUGUUUUACCUUUUGCUUAAAAGUUCUAAAUCCCUAGGGAUGGAGACUCUGGCCUUAAUCCUGAGCCCUGAUUAACUUCAUUUUGUAAUGCUUCUGCAGCAGAGAGGAGGAAUAGAAAGCUUACAGCAGUUGGAUGUUCUCUGUACAUAGGGCUGAGAGAGAAAACUAGUGCAGAUAUGGAGCUGUGGUGCUGCAUUCCAGCAAUGUGUUGGUAAGAAAUGAUUGUAGAGGUGGCCUCACCUCCACAUCUCUUUCAUCUACACUGCCCCAACAGUAGAAUGCAUCCCAGCAUUGAGGUGUGUGCAGGCCCUUGGAGAAUAUGGUUCACAUUACUGAUUUGUUUCUUGCAUACCCAGGCACGCCUGAAAUGCUGUGGAUUUCAUGUAAUUCGUCUUUAGUGCCCUUGCAAGGGGAAGGGGAGACGGCGGUAUCUUUCUUUCCUGGAAACAGGAAGGGAAGUGAUUUAACCUGGCAGGUCAUGGAAUGACAACAGUAGAACCAGUGAGGAUCCAGAGCUCCUGACACUGUCCCAUGCAAACUUUUAGACCAUGGGGUGGGGGAGCUCCCUCCAAUAGGAUACAUUGAGAACUGUAGCUGCUCAGUGAGAAUACCACCUGGUGGUGGCAGAGGAGGGUUGGAUGAAGCUGGGUAAUGGCAACACCUGCACCUUCUUUACCAUUUAGCUGUAACAGUGUUUUCAGUAAUAGAACUACUCUUGUGCGUGGAGCACACAUGGAUUUUUUUCCAGGAUGGCUACAUCUAGUUAAAAUAUAUACACACAGUCUAUGAACUCAUUAUUCCAGCAAGUUUUGGCUAAGCUUUCAGUAGUGUUUAUGGCUUUCAUCCUGUAAAUUUUUUAGUUGCAGAACUUCCACUUACCACACUGGGUACCAUUCAGCAGGGUGGAUUUUUCAGAGACGUUUGUCUUUGAACCUCAUAUGGUUUUAUCCAGGUUAGUUCAGUAGUUUUUCAAUUCUUGUAUCUUACAGACCAUGCAUUUCAAAAUGAAGGCACAGAACCAGAGUGAAAAAAGUAUAAAAGCUAAACAAAUAUUUUCUUUUUUUUUUUAAUUAUGUUGCAAACUCUUUCAGUGGUAAAUAAAGAUAAUAUUGUAGCAUGGAAAACA